AUGUCGGGCGAGGCGUGGCUAUACCUGCUUGCCGUUCUGAUAAAUGCGGUCAAUCUUUUCCUCCAGGUCUUCUUCACGAUUAUGUACAGCGAUCUAGAAUGCGACUACAUCAACCCGAUUGACCUCUGCAACCGUCUCAACACCUACAUUGUUCCCGAAGCUGCCGUCCACGCGUUCCUGACGUUCUUGUUUCUCAUCAAUGGAUACUGGCUGGCGAUAUUGUUGAACUUGCCUCUUUUGGCUUUCAACGCAAAGAAGAUCAUCGACAACCAACAUUUGCUGGACGCAACGGAGAUUUUCCGCAAGCUGAAUGUCCACAAAAAGGAAUCCUUUAUCAAACUCGGCUUCCACUUGGUCAUGUUCUUCUUCUACCUCUACAGCAUGAUUGUUGCUCUCAUUAGGGAUGAAUCCAACUGA